AUGGCUUCCGGCGAGGGGGCCGGGGCCGGGGUCGGGUGGGAGGCGGCGGUGCGGGCGGAGGUGGGCGCCGUCGCCUGGUGGGACGACCCGGACAGCGCCGACCUCCGCGCCAGGUUCAAGGCCUUCACGGGGCAGCGCAGCGACUGGCCCCAGCCCACGGUCCUCUUCUGGAAGGACCUUCUCCUCCGCGUCGCCCGGCGACUCCGCGUCUGCUCCGCCCCUGCCCACCUCGUGACGAGCGCUUGGUUCGCGCGCCCCGGAGGGCUCACGCCGCUCUGCUUGCCGCAAGUUCUGGAAGAGAUGCGUGCGGAUGGGGACAUACUGCUGAAAUCCGAGCUGAUCGAUCCGUCCUCAAGGAGCCUGCACCAGCUGGUCAGGAGGGUGAGCCUGAUGGCCAUCGGCUCCAGAAGGUCGGUUUCGCAGGAGGACAUCCUCGUGUUCAAAUUGUUGGUUGAGGAACGGGCUGCUGAUAUUGCUAGGCAAUUGAGUGACUCUCAUUGGACAUCGACAUGUGUUGUUACGAUUAGCAAAUUCAAUAGCUUCUUUGUUGACCGGGAGGAUGCUCAUGUCGCAUUAUGUUUUUUGACGCAAUAUGGGAAAGCUAGGUACCUUUCGGGCAGGAAACAAGACCCUAUUGAGGGUGUCAAGUUUGUACUCACUGCUUCACAAGUUCCUGCUGUAUCCAAACUUGACCACGACACCUUGCACUUAGUCUGGACAGAAGAGAAGUUGCAAGGACAGCUUGAUGUGCUUGAUCGCCGAUGGGAGAUUUCAAGGCGAAGGGCAUUGGCAUCCUUCAAGUCCGGAGAUAAACAAGCUGCUUAUCGUUAUGUGAGGCAGUCUAAAUUAUUCUCACAAAGCCGGAGCAGAUGCACACAGUUGUUGGAAAGGAUUGAAGAAGUCAUCAGCCUAAUUGCUAGUGCUGAAUCAAAUAAGAAGGUCUAUGAGGCAAUACAAAUUGGUAUCCUGGCAAUGAAGGAUAACAAUGUCAGCAUAGAUGAGGUUAGCAUCCACAUGAAGGAGGUUGAUGAGCUUGUUGCUGCACAAAGAGAAGUUGAUGCUGUCCUUGAAUCAGUACCUCUCCAGUCGUUAGAUGAUGAAGGAGAUAUUGAGGAAGAGUUCAGCAAGCUUGAAGCAGAAUUGCAGGAUGACAUCCCUCAUAUUCAUGUUCAAGAACCAAUGGCACCUUCCAACGAGGAAUCACCUGAUGAAGAGGUUGAAUCAUUGAGCCAUAACAUGUCAAGCAUUAGACUGGAGCCCAUCUAA